AUGCCACAAAUGAUGGAAAAUUCGAGAAAAUCUCGAGAUUUACGCAUGAAUCUGAAAACCGAAGACGGUUUCGAAGAAGAUAGCCUGCAGUCUUUUAAGAGACAAAAAAGAGGCAUCGAACUUCAUGAUUGGCUGACAGAUGCGCAGAAGGAAUCUAUCAGAGAGAUGGAAGCUGCUGGAAAGUCAAAACUUGAAAUCAAAGAGAAGCUGUUAGAAAUGUACCACAAAAUGCCAGAUGAGACACGAAAAAAGUGGGAUGAAUUUUACAGGAAAAUAUGCAAUGCUUGGAUUGAAAAUGUUACGACUUCGGAAGAAAGGUCAGUACUUCAGAAGCUUAAGAAUGAAAAAGCAAUUGAUGAAUAUGAAGCCAAGAUUAGUGAAUACAAAACUCGGCUACCAGCACAAGAUAAAGAACGUUUCGAAUUGUGGAAAGAUGAAUGCCGUCAACUAAAUAAAGAGCAAGAAAGCCCACGUCAUAGAGCUCGACGCCAUAGCUGGAAAAAUUCUGAACUUGCUCAAAUCCUCACGAACGAGCAAAUUGCGAUACUAGAAGAUAUGCAAGCUGAUCAAGCCAGUGAAGAAGAUCUAGAAAAAAAGAAAAAUCAGUUGGUUUUUGAUACGCUUCUGGAGGAGUAUUUCAUCCGAUUACCUAAGGAGAAACAAGAAGUGCUAAGAUCUGUUAAAGUUUCAUUAGUUUCUUAUAUUGCAGAUAUUUGCGGUCAAAUGUGGAGAGAAAAAACUAUGACAUAUCGCCAGAAACGGAGUACUGACAAGGAGUACGAUGAAUGGAUUACGUGGAUGUCUCAUGAACAGAAAGAAGAAUUAGAUCAAAUGCGCGAAAGCGGAUCAAAUUUUGAAAAUUUGCAUCAAAAAAUCAACGAAUAUUUCGUCAAGCUUCCAAAAAAGAAACAGAUUGAACUUAUCAGCACUUAUAAAAGUAAAUGCAGGAAAUACUUCUUGGGUUUGGCAAAUGAAGAAGAAAUUGCGAAAAUCAACGCAACCAUUCAGGAUGAUGGGAGUCGUCAUGAAUAUCUUAAAAUCAUUGAAAGCAUAUUGAAUCGACAACCGACAGAUAUAAAAGAAAAGGCGGACAAAUUCUACAGGAUUUGUGAUGAUAUUUAUCACAAAAAGAUUUACCAAUCAAACCUAAAUAUUGAAGAGCUAAUUGAGAAGCAUCUUGCUUGGCUCACACCUGAACAGAAAACGGAAAUCAAGCAAAUGAAAUCAGAUGGUAAACCUCUCAAAGAAAUUAAACAAAAGUUGUUAUUGUACAUCAAAUCAAUGGGAGCUGAAAAACAGCAGCAUGUUAUUAAGAAAACAAAAGAAUCAUGCUAUGCUUGGCUUGACCAGGUGACCACUGCUGAGGAAAGAAGCGAACUCGAAAAUAUGCAUCAAACUGACCAUUCAGCUUGCAAGAAGAAGGUUCGUGAGUACAUUAAACGCCUACCAAUAGGAAAACAAGAAGAAGUAAACAAGGAUCUGACAGUUUGUGAAGAUAUUUGGUACAGUGAGCAUGAGCAUCAUCACGAAGAUCAUCACCACCAUAAACGUGUACGACACGAUGUCCAGGAAAAUGAUCAAUCUUCAAUUCAUGGUCGUCAUCGUCGGGAUCAUCACGAACAUACUUUGGAGCAGUACUUGGUGACAUAUUUGAAAUGGCUGAAUGAGGAUCAGAAAGCAGAAAUUAAGAAGAUGAAAGAGGAGGAGAAGCCUGUAGCAGAAAUACAAGCAAAAAUUUUUGGCUACUUGGAUAAUUUAGAUAGUGACUUAAAGUGUCGAGCAACUGAAUCAAUGUAUUAUGGAUGUAGAGAUUUUGUGCAUCAUAUUGUAGGAGACGAAAAAUACGAAGAAAUCAAGAAGAUGAAAGAAGCGAAUGCAAGUGGAGAUGAAAAAAUCAAAAAAGUAGAUGAAUUGUUCGCAGAAGUAACAGAUGAGAAGAAACGGGAAAAAAUCAACAAGUACUAUGAAGGAUGCAAAAAGGUGUUUAAGAUGAUGGCUGAACAGAAGAAGCAUAAACAUUAUGAACUGCAUAAUUUGGAGCAUUACUUUAAAACUCAGCUGAAUUGGCUAGGCAAGGAGAAGGAAGAUGAAAUCAGGAAGAUGCAUGAUGGAAACAAGACCAGAUCCGAAAUAGUUGAUAAAGUUUUAGAGUAUUACGAAGAAUUGAAAGGAAAGCAGAAGUUUGAAGUAACGCGUACUUUUGCUCAUGGCUGUCGACAUGCUCUCAAAGAUCUGAUUGGAGAGGAGAAGUAUGGAGAAUUCAAUAAAUUGCCAGAACCCAUGCAGAUAUCCUCGAAGAAUUUUCAAGAAAUGAAAGAGAAAGUAAAAAAAGUAAUUGCCGAAGUUUCAGAUGAGAAAAAGAAGGCACGCUUCGGUCAUUAUGAAUCAUUUUGUUUCAAAAUCGGCGAAAAUUGGUACAGUAUGCUUGAGGCUCAGCUACAAAAGCGCUCAUUAGAAGACUACUUCAAAAGUGAUCUCAGCUGGCUGUCUGAUGAGCAGAAAGAAACAAUAAUUCAAAUGCGUGAAAAUGGCACUACACGUGAAGAGAGAGAAGACAAAAUUGUGGAAUUUCUUGAGCAUUUGCAAAGUGACAGCCGACAAAAAGCCAUCGCACUGAUAAAAGGAGGAUGCUUCUCAGUUUGGGAACUUGUUUUAGGAAAGGAGAAAUCAGAAGUGCUGAAGAAAAUACAUAAUUCGAAAAAAAGUACUGCAUUGGAAGUUCGAGAGAAAUUUGACGAAUUUUUGGCAUCUGUAAAAGAUGAACGCAAACAAGAAAAAGCUAAAGAAUUCGGUAAAGUGUGUCAGAAAGCAAUGGAAUAUAAGGAUAAGUUCUUGAACCGUUCAUUAGACGAUUAUUUGCAGAAUCAGUUGAAAUGGCUUUCUGAUGAGCAGAAACAGGAACUGAGGCGGAUGAAUGAAGAAGGAGAAUCAAAAAAGACAAUAACUGAUAAAAUCAUGCAAUUUUACCGUGAAAUCGAUGAUUCGUCGAAGAAAGAAGCCACGGAAGUGUUAAAGGAUACCUGCGUAGAAAUAGCCAAAUACGUUGUCGGUGAAGAUAAAGCAAAUGAGCUCGAAAGUAUGGAUAAAUCUGGAAAGUCAUUUGCUGAAAUUCAACAAAAGUUGAAAGAAUUUGCAAAAGAAAUCAGUGAUGAACCAACAAAAGAGUAUUUGGAGAUUUAUGAAAAAGGUUGCGAGGAGGUCUAUCGUGUAAGCAGACAACUGGAAGAACGGAAACAGGCGGAUGACGUUGAUGACAAAGAGCAUUCCUUGCAAAGUUACUUCAAAACUCAUCUGAAAUGGCUAAAUAAGGAGCAACAAGACGAACUGCUUGGAAUGAAGAACCAAGGUAAAAGCCGAGAAGAAAUCAGAUUAAAAAUUUUUGACUAUAUCAAAGAUGCCAAGAAUGACACAAAAGAAUUAGCGCUAAAAUCGUUGACAGUUGCUUGCAAUGAAAUGUUCAAGAGAUUCGGUGGUGAAGAAAGAGCCAAAGAAAUUCAAGAAUUGAUGAGCAGUCAUGCAAACUCCGAAGAAGUCAAUCAGAAGAUCAAGGAACUUGUUGACUUGGUAAAAGAUGAAUCCGAGAAGGAUCUUGCUGAAGCUUAUGGAACUGCAUGUCAACAGUUAUAUACCAUCAAAACAUGA